UGCCGUCAGCAGCAGCGAACGGUUCGAGCGAGCUCCGCUCUUUUAUUUCCCACAUAUAUUUCUCAAUUCAUUUCAUUUCGAGACUUCAAAGCGACGACAGCACCACAAAACAGCAGCUAGAAACAGCAUUAUUUUCCCCCAGCGUGUGCGUGUGUGAAGUGCAGUUAAAAAAGAUUUAAAAAAGAGACCAGAAAAUAAAUACAAAGGCCACCCGAAAAUAAAAAAUCUAAGCAAACAAGUUUGCUUGCUGCUGCUACGCUGCGCUAAUAAUAAUCGCGUUUACCUGCCUCCGAUUCCGUUUCGUGCGACUGAACUCGAGAAACUUGAAUAUAUAUACAAAGCAAAAAACAACACCUAAAAAAACAUCCUACAAAAAUAACGACGAAUACAAAAAGUGUAUUUAAAAUAAAAUACAUAAGGUUCACGACGCGUUGCGCUGUUCAAAAGCGUUGAGAAUUCAAAUGCAGCUUAGAAAAAGUGCAAAGAUAUGUGGCCAUUGCCAUUCUGUUGCCAAUUUCAGGACUAAAAGCCAAUUAAAGCCACAAAAUCAAAGGCGACAAAAAGCAGCCACAGUGAAUACCUAAAAAGCAAGAAAAUUAAGUUUAUAAUGAACACAAAGCAGAUCAAGUUCAGUUAAAAAUCAUCGUAAAUUCACAUAAAAAAAUCAAUCAAAAAAUUUGAGGAUUUGGAAACGUUUCAAAAAAAGCGACAAAUACAAAAAAAGCAAAAAGCAAAACAAAUAAUGGAAUUUUAACAAAGUCUCGAAAGUGUACUUCUGGUGCAAGAAGCAGCAACAGCAGCAGCUUAGCUAGAGGAAACCGGUAACGAAAUCAGCGCCAGAUCUCCAGCCAGCGGGACAACCGACCAUGAUACCCACCAGUGUCACCAAUUCACCGCCGCAAGCGGGCUUGGGCCAGAAUGGAGCAGCUGCCUCAUUGGGCUCGGCCACGGCGGCAGCUGGAAAUGGAGCAGGAGGAGGUACCGGCGGCGGCAGCAUGGGCGUGGGCAUAGGCCUAGGCUCAAGCUCAGCUCCUGGAGCUCAAAACAACUACAGCUCCUUUGUGCUGGGCCUGGCCUCGCUUAUCCUGGAGGGCAGACCCAUUGCAGAUGAUGAGUACAUGGUGCAGCAGCAUCAUCAGCAACCUGGGUCGGGUGGAGCCACAACUGGCGGGGGAGGACGCCUUUCACCGCGACCCUCCACCUCGAGAGCGGCCAUAAAUAUUACAACGAAUCCCUAUGGCUCCAUGGGAGGAUCGGAUAAUCGUGGAGGAAACGGAGGCGGAGGAGGUGGUGCCUCGACCAGUAGCAGCGGCAGCUCCCUAACCCACCAGCGCUGGACGCAGAAGCUCUGCCAGCUGCGUCAGAUCUCGCCUGCUGCCCAGGCGAUGAGUGCCGAGCCGGAGUUGGUCUCCCUAGCCAUCAAUGAUCUCAACAAGGAUCACGGCGGUGACUAUGAGAUUGUGCGACGUGUUAUGCUCAAUCGGGCCGGCGGAGGUCUGGGUGGUGCUGGUGGCGUUGGUGUGGGAGGCAACAGCAAUAACUCGAGUGCUGCCAGUUCGCCGGGAUCCAAUUCGUCGGAUAAUAUUCUCCAUUCGCUACAAUCCCUGGCCACCACCUGCUUGCGCGGUGGCCCAGCCUUGGCAGCACCGCCACCUGCGGAGCCAAGGCCUCUCAAUCUGUCUUUUAUAUGGACGGGAUCGGUGGCUUCGAGUGGAGGAGCAGGAGGAGGAGUGGGAGGCGGAGCGGCAGCAGCACUAGCAGCAGGCGGAGGAGGAGGAGGUGGAGCGUCAACUAUUGCCACUGCCAGCAGCGGAGCAAGUAGCUCUGCAUCGCGGCCCAAACAUGGGCCGCACUGUGAUCAGUUCCUCAGGAAGAUGGGUCUAGCCAAGGGCGAGAUGCCAUCGGAGGCUGAGGAGCACAUCUGUGAUAUGUCCUACGUGAAUAUGACCUGCAAUCGCUGGCGUGCUUACUGCAUGAAAAUGGAGGCCAUCCUGGCCAGACGUGAACCCGUUUGCAUAGAGGUCUACCUGGGUCCCGUGACCCACAAGCUAUUGUUGGAGCAAUGGAUCAUCAGCGGCAAGGAAAAAGUUCCACCGCCCACGAUGACACUGCCAUCGCUGUGCAGCGCCAUUCGCAGUCAGCUGUACUUCUCCCAGAUUGUAGCCUGGUGUGAUCUGCUCCGCAAAUGCGAUCCCUCUGUGUAUGACAGCGGACGUGUAAUCUUUGCCAGCUGUGGCAACAAUGCCGGCGAUUUGGCCACCACCUGUACGCCCAGCGGUGGCCAGAGGCGACCUCGCUUGAAUAUCUUUUACAGGAUUAAGCAGCACAAUGCCAACGCUGGCAACGGUGGAGGAGGGCAAUACCAGGAUGGGUUCAGUGCCAAGGCCAAUGUCCAUAAUUUUCCCAACGUCAAUGUCUCGGAAAGCUAUAGCAUUUCCGUGUGCGUAAGAAGUUUGCCCAGAAUUAAUGGUGGCCUGCCGCAUGUAGAGCCCUUACCUAGUCCCAGUCCAGCGCCACGCAGCCUGCGUACCUGCGGCGGAGACCCAGCGAGCACACCAACCGGUGGCGGUGGCCUACAUGCGGCCACGCCCACGGGUCUGGGAGCCAGAAUUAGUGCAAUUAGUAGCCCAACGACGACGACGAUGACCGGCAGCUCCAACUGUGAUAAUAAUGGAUUAAAGCAAGGAUUAGAUGAUCUCGAUGGGGAGACGAGCCUAAGCCAUAGGGAGAGGCAGCUGCAAAAGUAUCGCAAGCGUAUGCAGCGGCGGGAUAAGAAGAGGGAGAGAAAGAACUCCCCAGAGAGGCAGCAGCCACACCACCAACCCAUUGAAGAACCCAUGGAGGAGGGCGAAGAGUCUCCAUCGCCCUCACAAUCCGAGUCGCAAUCCCUGGCCCUGAGCCUGCAGCAGCCACCGCGUCGCAUAGCCAUGAUCUCCACGGGAACACAGACCUCCCUAAGCAGCUGUCAGCAUUGUGGCAGUGAGAAGACCCUACUCUGUCUCAGCUGCACUGGAGGAGCAAAGCCAGAAGAGGAUGAUAGUGAUGCGGAUACGACAGCCUCUGAAAUGGAGGAGACCAACUCCUCGUGCAGCCUCAGCAGCGGUGAUCUCAUUGUGGGCACGCCACGCAACAAGGCUGAGCUGCUGCUUCAGGCCAUACAGCGAACGCCAAAGAAUCGCCAGCGGAAGCCACAUGCCGGUCAGCCGGUAGAAGCAACUCCCUCAGAUCUCAGUGGUGGGCAGAACAAUAACCUGUUGAAAGCGGCCACCAUCAGCGGAUGUCAGGUGUGCAAGCGCCAGAAAACGCAGCAUAUCUUUGCCAAUGGCCGAGAGCCCAAAUCUAAUCAGACCAAUGGUGACCAAGGGAAUGGCUUUGUCAGCAUGCUUCAGGAGGAAGAGCAGGAAAACGCAGCAGAGCAGCCCACAGAAGAGCAAAUCAAAACCACCAAGCUAACGCCUAAUAUAGAACGCUGCUCCCUGAACUCCUUAGAAAGAGGCUGCAAGACCCCUCCUCCACCGGUGGAUGAUCACAUGGUAGUGCAGUUCAAGACGCCGCUGAGCCAAGUGCCAGCGAAACCGCAACCCGAUGCCAUGGUACCCCUCCAGCAGCAGCAGCAGCAAAAGUCCUCGCCAAAACCCAGUCAACUUCGUUUGAAUUGUGGCAGUGGCUUGGGGGAUAUGGAAACCCCACCGCCUCCUACUAACAGCAGCAUUUCCCCGCUGAUGAGAAAGGGUGCUGGCGUAGGUGUCCUGCCCAAGGUCAAUCUCUCGACCAUCUUUUGCAGUUCAGCGCCCAUAGCCAUAGGAUGUCCCGCAUUUAGCUUUGAUCCUGCUGCCUUGAGUCAUGCCCAUUCGCAGCUUCUAGCACCUGAGGCCACAGGUAAUACACCGCCCGUGCAGAAAUCCUUUUCGGCUCCCACUCUGCCACAUGCGGCCUCGCUCUCCGUUUCGCCGAGGUUUGCCAAGCAAGCUUUGGCGGCACAUAAAAGGCGAUCCCGUCACUUGAGCGAUCGCAGUGAUCGCAGCUCUUUGGGCUCCGAUGAGCAGCUGUCGGAUGAGGAUCUAGAGUCGGGUCUGUGCAGUCCGGCAGCAGGUGGUUCUCCUCUAAAAUGUCGCGCUAGAUUGGCAGCACAUUUUGCAGGACGUCCUUUGCUGGGUAACCUGGAGGAGUCCUUGCUGCAAAGGCGACUUAUGCCCAAGAUUGAGGUGAUGGGUUUCAAGCUACAGCUGGGAGCCUCGGGAGGAUUCUGCCCCACACAGUUGACCAUACCGGCCAUGUCGUAUUUUUAUGAGCUGCAAGGGGAGACCCUAAGCACGCCUUACCUGUGUGAAAUUCGCUUGCCUCGCAAGGGAUACUCGGUGCCGCGUACGGGCACUGUCCAGGCCACUCUCCUGAAUCCCAUGGGCACCGUAGUGCGUAUGUUUGUGAUUCCCUACGAUAUGCGCGAUAUGCCAGCCCUACAUCGCACUUUUAUACGUCAGCGCAUCCUAGCCGAGGAGCUGGGCAAGGAUGAGGAAGAGGAUAAAACCGGUAAACCUGCCCAGCAAGUGCCUCGAAGUCCAACGGCCAGCAGCACCACCAGCAAGCUGGGACACUUUAUAACCGCCGAGCAAAUGAAAAGAUUGCGCUACUCCAUACACCUGAGAUUCCAAACCUCCCGUUCUGGACGCUUAUCCCUGCACACGGACAUCCGCUUGCUGAUCUCACGACGCACUGACUGCGAUACGGCGGCAGCCCAUGCCAAGGGUGUACUAGAGGCACCCAAUGAACUGGUCACGGAUACUUUAAUGCCGGCAGAGCCGCGUUAUAGUGCCCGACAGGAGAGUACGGGCAGCAGGAUUUAGUAGCUACUGCAGGCGCUGGGCGGCACCACCAUUGAGCUGCUGCGUCGCCUAUGCAAGCAGCUGCAGGACAAGUGGCAGCAACAGCAGCAAAGGGAGUGGCCCAGAUAUCAAUUGUAGGUGGAGAAAGAGAGAAGGAGGAUCCAGCAGGAGAGGAGGAGCAGCAGGCUGAAGAAGAUUUAGGAGAAGACGAAUACAAACCCGGAUGGCAGGAGGCGAAACAAACUCCUGUACUCCCAGCUGCUUUACUAGUUAUUGUUUAAACUAUUAACUAAGCUUAGUUUCUUUCAAAUUCCCUAUUUUUUUCUUUGGUAUUCCAUUUUAGGUUUAUUUUUGAAUUUAUAGAACUUUCUUUUCGUAAGAAAAACGUUGAAAAAGGCAAUUGAAAUCAGAAAUCAGCAAGGAAAUAGCUAACUUUAGAUGUCACAUCUUUUUGGGGGUCCAGACAUUGAGGAGAAGGAUAAUAAGGAGCGAGCAAUACCAUAAAUGUGCGAUAUAUAUAAAUAUAUAAUAUAUAUUUAUGUACCAUAUAUAUACGUUUAAUCAACAAUUUUAACAAGCAAAUUUUGUGUGUGAAAAACAAGUUGGGGGAAUCGUAGUAUUUAGGCAAGGAAAAGCAAAGAGAAGAGUAUGUUGAAGGAUAUAUAUUAUAGUACAUAUGCGCUCAUAUCGAUCGUUGUUGUUAGUAGUAAGUGAGUUUGAGAAAGAGUUUAAAAGUUGCUUAAUUUUUGCUUUCAUUUCCGUUUCCGGUUUCUUCAGAGAGUGUCUAAUUAAAGCGUGCCUGUGAUACGAUAUGAGCUGCAUUCUAAUAGAUUUCUUUUUCCUUUUUCUCCUUAAGUUAUUCGUAAAUUAGUUUCUUUCAUUUUUGUUUUUGCAAUCAAAAGCUUGCAAUGUGUAACUUCAAUAAAUACCAAUCUAGAUGUGUUGAAAAAUUCCCUUGACCCUGCAGACGCAACUCUUUCAUAUAUUUUCCAAUUGAUACCUGAAACUAUAUAUAUUUAACUAUAUAUUGUGUACUACAAUCUAUUAACAUAUUUUCAAUCUAUAGGUGGUGAUGAGAAAUUUAACAAUUAGAAAAUAAAAAUAAGAAAAAACGAAACAAAACAAAAAAAUUAAGAAAAAACCAACGCUGAAAAAGUAAAAUAGAGCGAAAACAAUAAAGCAAAAUCAAUACACUUUACUUUGUUCAAUUUGUUUUUAAGUAGAGAGCUUAAUGUGCGCUGUCAAUAGCAAUUAUAUUAUAUGUGUAACAAAUAACACCAAUAUACAAAUAUAAAAUGAAUCAAUUAAUCAA